CGUUAGCUGGCGCUGCUGACACCAAAUGAUAUCGUCCAGUAUGGCUUCAAGUUUCAAGAAUAUAUCUAUGAAGUACAAUGUUAUUGCGGAAAAUCUGAAAAGAGCACCUAAGCCUAAAAAUGUCACAUUUCGAGGAAAGGCAAAGAAAGACCCGAUGGAAAUAUAUCAAGAUGGAAUAGGGUCUCGUCUUCCUCAAGCCUACUUUAAGUGGAAUAGAAUCGGAUAUGAACCAUCACCCGUUCACUGGAUAGACAAAGGAGUUGAUUGGGAGAAAGACCCUGUAACUGGUGAUAGAAAGAGAGUGAACCGAGUCCCAAUUGAUAUUCACUACCCACCUGAAUCUCGUAUGGGUUUAUGGGGAGGAGAAGGAUGGAUAGCAGGAUACAGAAAAUCAAAAGGAGACAGAGGAGUAAGACUAAAGAAAACCUGGAAGCCCAGAAUUGCCAAUAGAAAUCUGUACAGUGAAAUCUUGGAUAAGAAGUUUGAGAUUCAAACAACGAAUCGGGUCAUGGACCUCAUUGAUGAAGCUUAUGGCUUUGAUUUCUACAUUCUUCAGACACCUGCUGAGGAUUUGAAUUCAUUAGUUGGCAUGGUAUUGAAAAGACAUCUUUUACUACGGUUAGCCAACCCUCAAGAUAUGUAUCCUGAUGAUCCACAGAGGAGAGAUAAAAUCUGCAAUAAAUAUAAAAGAUUUGUCAUACCAAAAGAAGAAGCAGAAUGGGUCGGUUUGACACCAGCAGAAGCGUUUGCUAAGCAGAGACAAAUAGAGGCAGGAGCUGAUCCAAUCAGACCGUUACAAGAACUCUAUACAGAUGAACUUAUAGCCAAAUAUAAAGAACAUAAAGAGAAAAGUGAUGGUCUAUUCACAUUCAGUAAAGAAGAAGAAGAAAAAGCAAAGCCGUUCCUUCAGAGGUUUUUUGGAAGUGGAUCUAAAUCAAAGGAUGAUGGAACAAGUGUAUGAUGAUAGGUAUAGACCAGAAGAUAUCACAAUAUGUAUGUAUGUCUGUGGACAUUGGACAUUCUAGAAAGAACUAUGGAACUGCUUUCCUACCAAGCUGACUGUGGUCCGAGGAUUUGAGAUUAUACUUUGCCUGCAUUCAUUGGACCGUUUGGUCCAUGAACAGAUGGUCUAAAAUACACCAACAUGGCUAUAAACACGUACUCAACUAUAUAUUUAGACUAAUUAAUGUUUGGUUCAACAAUCAUCAAAUAUAGCUCUCACUGGUCUGUCAUUUGGUCUAAUGACAAGAUGGUCUAAUAUCCUCUUCAUCUACUUAUUAUUUUGCAUUUCAUCAAAAUGAUAACUUUGUUCAUGAACAGGUCAUCUAAUCGCCUAGACUCAGUGGGGUUAGACCAAAUAGUUAGUAAACGAACUGAUAGUAGACGAACUUGUCGAAUUGGGAUUAGACCAAAUGGAAAGUAGACCAAGUGGCAAUUUACCAUUGGACACUCCUUCGCUCUGGAACACCAUACCAAAGUUCUCUAUGGACAGUUACUUCAAAUUGUAUGGCAAUAGAAUGAGAAAAGGAAGAAUAUAUUUGUGACAGCAUCCCUUUUUGUUUUACAAGAUUAUGUCCUUCAUGGUACAAACAAAUGAAGUUAUUUUCAGUAGCAACUGUGCAUGUAAUGAAAUCCCCCUAUUUGGUGUACAUGCUCUCUACUAGUUGUCCCAGAAAUAGCAUAAUGGUUGAUGUUAAGAACCUUGCUGUACUUGUUUGUAUCUUUGGAUAAAGCAUCUUCCUCCACAAAGAAUUACAAGAUCAUUGAGUUUGGUGCAUUUUUAAAAAUCCUAUCUCUUUGAAAAUUCAUUUUUGUCUGAAAAUGGCUGUAUAUAUGACCUUAAUGAUAUUUCAGGGAAGUGCGCAUCAAUAGGGCUUACAGGCUUUCAUCUGAAACUGAUGAAUUCAGGAAUGGGCACUUUUUUGGCAAGAAAUCAAAUUCUGAGAAUGAUAAUUUUCCUAUUUUACUAAAAACAAGAAUGAUCGCAUAUGUGGUGAAGAAAUGACUAAAAAUGACUAAAAUGACUAAAAUGACUAAAAACAAGAAUGAUCAAGAAUAAAAACAAGAAUGAAAAAAGCACUCUACGGAAUAGUCAACAAGCUCAUGCAUCGCAAGACCGAAUCAGCUGCUGCACUUCCCCAUCAUUCCUCAGUUGCUGAGUUAGCUAGUGACUUCUCAAGGUACUUUACUGGAAAGAUUGAGUCUAUAAGAUGUAACUUAGAGUCACACACAGUCAUAUCUGAUAGGGCAGAGUCUGAGUCAAUGAGAGAGUUCGAUGGAAAUGUACCUUCCUCACGUGAUGACCAUCUAUCUGCAUUUACGCCAUCAUCUCCUUUAGAAAUACAGAGAAUCAUAAGGAAGUCCCCUUCAAAGUCUUGCUCUCUUGAUCCUAUACCAACUACAAUUGUGAAGGAAAAUGAGGACUUGAUGGCUCUGCUGUUCUCAAGGAUUGUAAAUUCUUCCCUGCGGGAAGGAAAGUUCCCUGAAGAAUUGAAACUCGCGCAUGUAACUCCUGUCCUAAAGAAGCCAUCACUUGAUCGGGAGGUAAUGAGCAGUUACCGUCCCAUAUCAAACCUACCUUUCCUUGCCAAAGUUGUUGAAAAGGUUGUUGCAAAGAGACUGACGACACAUCUUCAAGACAACAACCUUCAUGAGACCAUGCAAUCUGCCUAUAAACGACUUCACAGUGUUGAGACAGCUCUUCUUCGGAUAUCUGAUGACGUAUUGAGAGCAGUUGACAAUAAGAAAGCAGUGUUGAUCAUCCUCUUGGAUCUGUCAGCAGCCUUUGACACAAUAGAUCAUGAUGUCCUUCUCCAGAGAUUGCAUGUUGACUUUAAGAUUGAUGCCACUGCCUUAGCAUGGUUCCAGUCGUAUCUCCACUGCAGACGACAGUUGGUGAACAUCAAAGGUACUUUGUCAGAGGAGACUCUCGUGAAGUAUGGUGUCCCGCAAGGUUCCGUCCUCGGACCGCUACUUUUUACUAUGUAUACUUCACCUCUUGGGGAUAUUGCUCGUCAUCAUGGAUUGCAAGUUCACUUCUAUGCAGACGAUACACAAUUGUAUUUGACCUUUGACCCAAGGGUGAAAGAUGAUGAUGCGGACGCUAUUUCACGUCUGACUACCUGCCUCACAGUAAUCAGGCAAUGGAUGGUACUGAAUUUUGUCAAGCUAAAUGAUGACAAGACUGAAUAUCUAGUCAUUUCUUCACCACAUAUGCGAAGCAAGAUUGUUCCACAAAAUCUUCAAGUUGGCUGUGUGUCUGUCCCUCCUUCAGAGAAUGCUCGCAAUCUUGGUGUCUUCUUUGACCAGGGUAUGAAGAUGGACAAGCAUAUUUCCAAGGUGUGCCAGGCAACUUACUACCAGCUACGGAACAUAUCGGCUAUAAGAUCACUACUCACUCGUUCUGCAGCAGAAAGCCUUAUUCAUUCCUUAAUCACCUCCAGGAUUGACUUCUGUAACAGUCUGCUGGCUGGUCUUCCUUCCACUAUGCUGAACAGACUCCAAGGCAUACAGAAUGCUGCUGCUCGCCUGCUGACUGGUACAAAGAAAUAUGACCACAAAGAAAUAUGACCACAUCACCCCUAUUCUCACAGAGUUGCAUUGGCUACCAAUUAAGUACAGGAUUGAAUUCAAAAUCCUCCUUCUUACUUUCAAGGCUGUGCAUGGUGUAGCUCCAGGAUACGUGACUUCCCUUAUAGAACAGCGCCGUGUACGUCCUGGCUUGCGCUCAUCUGGUACUGGCAUCACUCUUCAUGUACCCAUCACACACCUAAGGGGAUUUGGAGACCGUGCCUUUUCUUCUAUUGCUCCACGCCUUUGGAACUCCCUCCCUUCUUCACUUCGUGAAAUUGAUAGCAUAGAACUCUUUAAACAGUCUCUCAAAACUCACUUAUUUCGGCAGAUGUGUAGUGAUUAACCUAUUGGAUGAGCCUGCGCCUUUGAAUGUUUUUAACAGAUAAAUGGCGCAAUAUAAAUGCUGUGGAUCAUCAUCUUGCACCUCCUAAUCCUGAGGAAAAUUUAAUGAAGCAUCUCUAUUUUCCAUGACAAAUUGACUCUCGGCCAAUUAGAUGCAAGAAUUUUUUUCUUUUACUUUCAUGAAAUACUCCCCCUGAAUGAGUACAAUAUCAGAAUUGUGUAACAGUCUGGGCCAGUCCUUUGUACUCUUUGGUCCCAUUUCAUGAAAGUAUUUAAUUGAAGUUGCCAAUAAAAGAAAGAAUGCAACACAUGUAUGUGGUUAUGGUAUCCCAAAUGAAAAUAUUUUUCGUGACAUUGUCAGCAAUAAAUAUAACAAACAUUACGUAUUAAUGAAA